AUGAAUGAUAGUGUAUUCUGUGGUGUUUCGAUAGAUGGGAUUAGCGGCACAUGUUUAAUCAAUGACGCCAGUCUUUCGUUUAGAGUUUCGGAAAGUGUUUACAAAUGGUCAUUUUCUGACUGGUUACGUUAUGAGAAAUCCAAAAAAAGUGCAAAAGUUAGGCUAACAUUCAGGGAAAACAGUAUUAGGCUCAAUACAGACAAUUCCGACUAUGAUAUUCUUAUAAAGCCGGUAAUCGUUGUAGAUUUCGGAGAUGACAGAAACAAAUUGGAAGAGUUCUGUGCUCUGGUCUCAAGUGAAACGAAUAAGGCAAAAUUGGCAUCUGCUCCAACUUCGCAAAUAGUUGAGGAACCUAUUAUAGUUGCUGAAGCUCCAAGAAAACAGGGACAUACCGCUAAAACAGGAACAGAAGCGGACAAUUUGAGCGAUAAUCAGAAGCGUCUACUAGAAAUAGAUGACACAAUUGCCAAAUUAUAUAGCCAACUUGUUGAUACAAAAACCUCAGAUUUGGGUAAUUGUAUUGCGUCAAAGGAAUUUUGGGAUCAUCAUAAACUAGAGCUCGUCAGCGCAACUCCCCAAAAUACAGCUGAAUCAAACUUGGAUGGAUUCGUUUCUAUUCCUCCUGCGAGUAAUUUUGUGAAUGGUCAACGAGUUUUCAGUUAUUCUAAAGAAUUAGCUUCUUCUCUUCUGGCUGAGGAUGAAACCAUAAGAGAUUUACACAAGAAGUUAGUGCUAGAUAAACACUAUCCUGAAGAAAGUUUUUGGAAACGAAUAUUACAAUCAAAUUACUUUUAUAACUUGAUAGGGGAAAAAAUUCCGGAAAAUCAAAUAUUAUAUGAUGACAUUAGAGGAAUCCCAAUCAAAGCUUCAGCAUUGGUACACUUUGACGUAAAUAAGCUUUUAUCGGAUAUAGAUUCUUCUAGUGAAUUACUCACUGUUGAGGAUCAUAAAAAAGCUGUUCCCAAGAAGGAUAGGUUACAUGCAAGCAAAAGAUUUGGAAAGAACAUUAGACCCGAAAAUACGGGUAGAAUAUUGCUUGAGAGGUUUAACAAGCAUUCAUCUAAUAUAAUCAAUGCCUGCGAAUCUCUUAUCUCUAAUCCUAUCGAUACAACUGACCGAGUUUCGGAUUACAAAACUUUACAGAACAGGGUUGAAAAUGAUCGCAAACGGAAGUUGUUAAUUGGAGAAUGCGAAGACUUGCAAGAUAAUCAGAGUGAUUGCCUUUCCAAUGAUUUAUGUCUAAUAAAAUCUUUAAAUAUACCUGGCAAGGAUACUGAUCGCAUAAAUAUUAAAUCUGAGCAGGUAAAUUCUAGACCCAUAAAAGUUGCCAUAUCUUCUAACACUGGGUAUUAUAAUAAAUGGCUCAACGACAUGAAAACAUUUGAUAUUACAAAUUACUUCAAGGAAUCUAAAACAGACCACAAUAUUAGUCGUCGUAUGUUUAUAUUGAAUACAAAACUUUGUCAAUACGAAAAGCUUAUACAACUUGUACCAUUCGAAUACGAUCCAACCAUUGUAAACUCUAUGAAGGAGAUACAGUUGCAAAUUAUCGAACUUCUACAAAUGUACUAUAAAACAUUAAUACCGGAAGAAGACAGACGUUACAAACUUUUGAAUGUUGUAAGAAGCGCAAAACACCAAUUAGAAUUACUUGAGGUCGGAAUGUCUGUACACACAGCUAAGGCUUUGCAGACUGGACUUCUUGACCAAAUCACUGCCGUUGAAGCUUAUAAUACUAAACUCAAAUCUUUUGUUGCUAAUUUAAGAUCGCAAAAUCAGCCAAGAAUAUCACGCUAA